UUCCUCUACAUUAACAGUGUUUUGCUGUUCACCCUGAGGAGUAAGCAGGUGUUUUGUGAGACAUCUCGUUACAUCCUGCUGUACAACUUGCUCUUUGCAGACACUGCUCAGAUGGCAACAUCAGUUCUGCUUUACUUACUGGCUGCCUUACGGAUAAAACUGACAUAUUCUGUAUGCAGUGCUCUCAUCUUACUCUCAAUUUUGACAAUUACAAUCUCCCCUCUCACCUUGGCUGUGAUGUCACUUGAGAGAUAUGUGGCUGUAUGUUAUCCACUGAGGCAUGCUACUGUCUUCAACAUGAGAAGCACAGGCAUAGCCAUUGCAGUUGUGUGGGCUUUCAGUUUUAUCCACAUCCUCAUUCGAGGUUUCAUGUUGUUAUAUUUGUUCAUAAAACUCUCCCUGAUACAGAUGGGUGGCUUUUGCUCUAAAGAGGCCAUUUUUUUUGCACCUAUAUUUAAUGAUUUUGAAGAAGUGUAUGCCAGCACACUGUUUCUGUCAAUAGGUGUGUUAAUCAUCGGCUCCUACAUUGGUGUAGCACUCGUAGCCAGGUCUGUCUCAACAAACAAAGCAUCAGCUAGAAAGGCUCUUCAGACUCUCCUGCUUCACAUGAUUCAGCUAAUCCUGAUUCUCACCUCCACCUUUACCUCUACCAUCAUCAUGACUCUUGCUAGAAUAGUUGGGAGAUUGGCCCUUAUGCGUGUUUACAAUGUAUGCUUUGUGUGCUUGAAUAUCCUUCCAAGGUGUCUGAGUGCUCUCAUUUAUGGUCUCAGGGAUCAAACUAUCAGAUCGGCCCUCAUGCAGAAUCUGUGCUGUCAGUGCAGAUGUUCAGUUAUAUUCAGGAAGAGCCAGUAA